CACACCCACACCCCACACCCACACCCACUUCCGCUCUGCCUUGCCGUUGACAUCAACACCACCUCACACUUCUCUCUCUCUCUCUCUCCCUCACUUCAAUUCCCUCUGGCUUUUCCGGCGAUGCAGGGCCUACGUCGUUGCUCCAACGACGUCGUCCACCUCGGCCUCUCCACCUCCCCUCCUACCCCAAACCCUUCCUCCCUCUCCAUCGACGUCGCCGAGUCCGCCGAGACCCGCAUCCGCCGCCUCAUCUCCGAGCACCCCGUCAUCAUCUUCAGCCGAACUUCCUGCUGCAUGUGCCACGUCAUGAAGAAGCUCCUCGCUACUAUUGGGGUCCACCCUACCGUCAUCGAGUUGGACGACGACGAGAUCGCCGCUCUCCCUUGUCCCCCUCCCUCCUCCUCCGCCGUCAACGACGACAAGCCCCGGAAUAACAUCCCGCCCUCCGUCUUCAUCGGCGGCACCUGCGUCGGCGGCCUCGAAUCCCUGGUGGCCCUCCACCUCACUGGCCACCUCGUCCCCAAGCUCGUCGAAGUUGGUGCCCUCUAGGUACCAUCCAGAUCACUCAUCACCUGCAUCAAAUUCACCUUAGCUAUAAAAACUAUAGUCUAUAAUUUGUAAUUCCGACCGUAAUACUAGGUCAAUUAUUAAUUGUUCUCUCUCUCUCUCUCUAAAAUUAGUUUGCUUCUUCUUCU